GACACGGGAGCUUCCCCAGAUGUGAUUAAAUCAAUUGAGACGGCGUUGGAGCUGGUGGAUCUACGGGAGAAGUACACUGAUUCGGUCACCAGUGGGGAGACGGAAGUUUUCCAUAAGAUCCUCACGGAGACCUACAAGCAUGACUGGCAAAGUUUGCACUCAGAUGGAAAAACCAAGUGGAAUCUGAAACCCAAGAUGAUGACCGGGAAUUUGGAAGGUCAGUUUUUAAAGUCUAUAGUGAGCAUUCAGAAGGCAAAGCGUGUUCUGGACAUCGGCAUGUUCACUGGGUAUAGUGCACUGUCCAUGGCUGAGGCCCUACCUGCUGAUGGAGAACUUGUGACUGUUGAUUUUGAAAAGUAUCUGGAGACCUUUACCGGAUCUCUGCUUCGGGAGUCGCCUCAUUCCAAGAAAAUACAAAUCUUUGUCGGCUCACCCUCCGACUACAUGAAAGACACAGUGAAGGCGGGAAAAACUUUUGACCUCAUCUUUUUGGACGCAGACAAAUCUUAUUACCUGGAAUACUUGAAGAUCAUAUUUGAAGAGGGCUUGCUGUCUCCACGUGGGACGGUACUGAUCGACAACGCCUAUACUCAUGGUUUGGGUUACAUGCCGUCUGCGGGAGAUAACCCCACCCGCCGGGUUACAACUGCGGUGGCGGCUGACCAGUCUCUCCAUAAGGUUGUGGUGCCUCUCCGAGACGGUGUGUUGAUGCUGCGUAGAAAGACGGAUGUCGUGGGCGAGGUGCCACAAUGAUACGGAAACAAAAGUUAACCCUGGUCUAUGGGGCUCUCCAUCAGAUGUAGGGGCCUACUGGAAUUGAUUGGAAUGUUUGACUGUGGUUUUUGCAAGUCACAUCGAUGGUGUCAUGCUUGACCCGCAUAAUUGGAAGGAAUUUUAUAAGUAAUUUUUUUUCUUCUGUAACCUUUUCUGAGAUAAAUCCUCAGAAAUCAGGAGUCAGCUUGCUCUCUAAAUGGUAAAAAAAACAAAAACAACCGUGGAAUAAUUUUUGUUUCUUCUCUCAUCAUUUAAACAGAAAGGUAGGCCUAUAUAUGUGUCGGUGUUCAAAAAUUUUCAAGAUAUGAGUGACACAGCAGGAGUAUGCAGUGGAAUGACAGAGACAUCCAUGUAACAGACAAAUCCUGUCAUAGAUUGCAAUAAAUGUUUACAUCAUGAUCAUACAAUAAUGAUUAAAGAAUGCAAUUGUUUUUAUUACAUCAUAGACAUUCCACUUCCAGUUUAUCAGUUAUUUCUUCUUUCUUUUCCAGGGAUAUUUCUUUGGAUUCCCAAAGAGGUUGACUACACAUCAUUUGAGAUACAUAAUAUUUUCUAUAGUCUAGUAAAAACAAUAAUUACAUUUAUUUAGCACAAACUAUGUUCUACCUCAGGCUCUGUGUCCUUUAUAACUAAUCCAUGUCCAAAUAGUUUCUACUGCAGGGAAAAGGAUCUGAGUAAUUUUUUUCCCCUAAAUUUAUAAGUCUGGCCACUCCAUGGAAAGAUAACGUGACGAUGUGGUGCCAGACCAGGAUCAGGCCAGGUCACUGAUUGGAAAAGUUUGAAUCAACAUCAAGAUGCACCCAGCUUUUCCCCUCCCUCCUGUACACACAUAAGUAUGAUACAUCACCAGAAUAAUAUAUAUUUAAUAGUGUAAUUAUCUACGCAAUCAACUUAGGCCUCCUGUGGGUCAUGUAGGAACAAUUCGCCGAGUUGGAUGUUUUGCUUCAUUUGAUUUUUUUUCUUCUGCUUUGUCAAUUCGUUACAGAAUGUUGUCAAUAGUUGGACUACUACAUGCCUAUCUGAAUGCCUGUGUUAAUACAAAUAUUUUUUUACAAUGCAUUACAUCAUAAAAAAAUCAGACCUGGGAUAGACAUAUAAGCCUGCUACAGCAGAAAUCCUGUUAUUACCGAGAGUGAUACAGCCCACUGUGACACCAUCGAUGUGUUUUCUCCCCCACAGAGUGGUUUAUACAUUCCUUUUUACUUCCCUGCUUCCUGGGUUUUUUUCUGGAACAUGUUGAAAAUAUCAAAGACUUGAUGAGAUAUAUAUUAUAUUUAAUUGACGUAGGCCUGCUGCAGAAUACUCUUGGCUGCCAAAUAUUUUCAAAUAUGUGAACAACUUGUAAAGAAGUUCAAUUUUCCACAUCUUCUAAAAUGUUGCCUGCUUGCAAAUGUAAAGCACUGCUCAAGUUUUUUUUAUGGAAGGAUUUUGUUAUUUCCUAUAACGAGACAAUGCACUCCAGCAUUUUUAUAUAUAUAUGCAUUUUUAUUUUAAUCUAUAUUUUUUAAAAAUGCGUUUUUGUUUUGUAAGCACUCUGUAGAGAUCUUCUGUUUGAUGCUCUGUUCAACUAACACCUUGGUCCAACAAUAAAUUAUUUUGUCUACA